ACGUGGAGUCUGGGAGAAUUUUGAUCGCCGGCUUUCGUGCGCAGAGGCGGAACAGCUGAAACAGCUAGAAGAUAUUUUGACUGUGCGUCUGUUGUUUUAGGACGCUCCGUCGGCAUUCACAGGUCAGCAACAACCCUUCACAUCUUGCUUGAGUCGCCGAGCGCGAGUUGAGAUGACGUCAACUGAAGAGAAAGUGAUCCUAGUGACUGGAGGCACUGGGCUCGUUGGAAAAGCCAUUGAGACGGUUGUCAACGAAGAAAAAAAGAGCGGCGAGCGGUGGGUGUUCGUCUCUUCCAAAGACGCAGAUCUCACGAACAAGCAGGCAACAGAGGCCCUUUUCGCCAAGCACAAACCCACACAUGUUAUUCACUUAGCAGCCAUGGUUGGCGGUCUCUUCAGGAAUAUGAAGUACAACCUCGACUUCUUGAGAAAGAACAUCCUGAUAAAUGACAAUGUCCUGCAAACGAGCUUUGAGACGGGCGUUCAGAAGGUCGUCUCCUGUCUUUCCACCUGUAUAUUCCCGGACAAAACGACGUACCCCAUUGACGAGACUAUGAUUCACAACGGUCCCCCGCACGACUCGAACUUUGGCUACUCUUACGCCAAACGUCUCAUCGACGUUCAGAACCGUGCCUACCACUCGCAGCACGGCUGCAACUUCACUGCGGUGAUCCCAACAAAUGUGUUCGGGCCGCACGACAACUUCAACCUCGAGGACGGCCAUGUGCUGGCGGGUCUCAUCAACCGGACACACCAGGCCAAGCUGCAUGGCAGUUCGCUGCAGGUGUGGGGUUCGGGCAAGCCAUUGCGCCAGUUCAUCUACUCUCUAGACCUCGCACGACUCAUGGUGUGGACACUCAGAGAGUACGAUGAAGUGCAUCCCAUCAUCCUUUCUGUUGAUGAGAAAGAUGAGAUAAGUAUCAAGGAUGCAGCCAAGCUCAUCACUGAUGCCUUCAACUUCAAAGGGGAUGUCAUUUUCGACACAUCCAAAGCUGAUGGACAGUUCAAGAAGACUGCCAGCAACAAGAAGCUUCGUUCCUACCUUCCAGACUUCAAGUUCACACCCAUUGCAAAAGCCGUGCAAGAAACUGUUGACUGGUACACCAAGAACUACGAAACUGCCAGAAAAUAACAGCCUUUGCUUCCUUAGGACUACUACAUCUUUUUCUUGUCUCUCUCUUUUUUUUAAAUCUUUUCUUAUGCCUCCUUAGGCACAGUUCCUAUCAAUGGUUUUUCUUCAGGGAGUGUGUGGUUGAAUGCAAAAUGUGUAAUAGAAAGUAAAGUAUAUAUAUAUUGAAGGAA